AAUUAAUAAAUUACAGAGACAAAAGAAAAAAUUUCUUAUUAAAUACUAGCAAAUAUCAAUGUGUGGGAUCUUAGGUGUGGUAUUAAGCGACCAGACUGCCAAUGUAGCGCCUGAAUUAUUCGAAGGCGCUAUGUUUUUACAGCAUAGAGGUCAGGAUGCUGCCGGAAUUGUCACCUGUGGAUCUAAAGGUCGGUUUUAUCAAUGUAAGGGUAAUGGGAUGGCUAGAGACGUCUUCACCCCACAAAGAAUGAACAACCUUGUUGGAAACAUGGGUAUCACUCAUUUAAGAUAUCCUACUGCUGGUUCCAGUGCCGGAAGUGAGGCUCAACCGUUCUACGUUAAUUCUCCAUACGGAAUCACAUUGAGUCACAACGGUAAUUUGGUGAACUCUCUUGAAUUGAAGAAGUACUUGGACGAAACCGUUCAUCGUCAUAUAAACACCGACUCAGAUUCCGAGUUGUUGAUCAACUACUUUGCAAGUGAGUUGGAUAAGUUCAACAAAUCCCGUGUCAACAACCAGGAUCUUUUCUCUGCUUUGAAGGGUACUAUGGAAGCUAUUCGUGGAGCUUACGCCUGUGUGGCCAUGUUGGCUGGUUAUGGUAUAAUAGGAUUCCGUGAUCCAAACGGGAUCAGACCUUUAUUGUUUGGAGAAAGAGUUAACGCCGUUACUGGCCUUAAAGAUUACAUGUUGGCCAGUGAAUCGGUGGUUUUGAAAGCUCAUGGAUAUAACAAAUUCAGAGAUGUUCGUCCUGGUGAGGCCGUUAUCAUUCAAAAGGACCCUACCAAGCAACCAGAAUUCAGACAAGUAGUACCCCCAAAAAUCUUUGCUCCUGAUAUCUUUGAAUACGUUUACUUUGCCAGACCCGAUUCUAUUUUAGAUGGAGUGUCCGUGUAUAGAUCCCGGAUUGAAAUGGGUAACAAGCUCGCUAACAAAAUCACCCAAUACUUAACUCGAGAGGAAAUCGAUGUGGUAAUUCCUGUACCCGAUACUUCAAGAACUUCUGCUCUUCAAUGUGCGGUAAAAUUGGAUGUACCUUUCCGUGAAGGGUUCGUCAAAAAUAGAUAUAUUGGCAGAACCUUCAUUAUGCCUGAUCAACAGGAAAGAAGAUCUUCAGUGAGACGGAAAUUGAACGCUAUGGAGUCUGAAUUCAAAGGUAAGAGUGUGUUAUUGGUGGAUGAUUCGAUUGUGAGAGGAACCACCUCGAAAGAAAUCGUCCAAAUGGCUCGUGAAGCUGGUGCCAGGAAGGUUUAUUUCGCCCUGUGCUCUCCCCCUAUACGGUUCAACCAUAUCUACGGUAUCGACUUGGCUGAUACCAAGGCUUUAGUCGGAUUUAACAGAGAUGAGGAAGAAAUCAGCAAGGUUAUUGGAGCCGACUUGGUGAUCUACCAAGAAUUGGAAGACUUGGUGGCGUGUUGUCAAAGUGAAGAGAUCAAGCAAUUUGAGAUCGGAGUAUUUACUGGUAACUACAUUACUGGAGUUGAGGACAACUAUUUGCAAGAGUUGGAAAAGAUUAGAGCUCAAAACCAGCGGUUAAAGGAUAGACAAGGCAUGGGAAUGAGCGUAGAUGCAUGUAUUGAUGCCAGUGACAUGGUUGAUGUCAAAGCCGAAGUAGACAUCAGUAUUUACAACCGUGGUGACUAUGCUCCAUAAUAGAGAUAUAUACAAGUGGAAUACAUACAGCACCAGAAAUAGGGGAAAAUUACGAGUGGUUUGACAAUAUAGUACGCGCUGCCACGGGCCUUUGCCCAAUCAAGUCGCACAAAAACUCGAAUCCCAGCCGGGCAGCUAAUAUAUAUAAGCGUUUCAAACUAGAUACUAAAACAGAUUGUUCGCUUUAUCAUUAAAAACAAUAUAAAACCAGCCGUGAAUUUGACAUUUCAUCUGAUGUUCCUCACUGAAACUUAGCAAUGUACAUACUGCAUGUUAUCGAGAAUAAAGUCUCACAAAAUCCAAGGUAAUGUGCGCUGGUAUAACAAUAUACAAAACAAUAUGUGUAUGAGCACGCAAAACACAGGUACACAUUUGUACACAUUCACUCAAUAUUCUAACACACUUGGUGCCGAGCAAGAAGCCAAAUAGAAAUCUGCUGAUCUAUCGGCCUAUACACUAAUUUGAUCUUCUUUAGGACGUCGUAGUUCAUAUUGCAGGCAUUCCAAGAUGCCUCAACCCAGAUAAGCGUGUUUUCCUUUGUUUUGUUACGCAAAGAUUUUUAUUUUUUUGCUUUGUUUUGUCACCGCGCUAUUGUGUUCACCCAGGGGCAGUAUCGAUUUCGAAA